AUGUCUUUCUACCCCUACCCGACUGGGCCGGUAUGGCCGCCACCCGCGCCCUCGAGCAGCGCGCCCGCACCCGUCUACACGAUACUGAUCACGGGUAUGGUGCUCUUCAUGGCGAGCAAUGUCAUGCCGAAUCUGAUACCGACGCCCGAUAGGAUCUUCAACGUCGCUCCAAGAGUCCUGUUCUGGGGUUUUUGGCUGAUCAUACUGACUUUGCUUGCACAGAUGACCGGCUCGAUCCCUGGCGUACCUCACCUCCAUCUCACAUACGUCCAUAUGACAGUAGCGGCGCUCAUAUUCGUCCUGAUGUGGAAUCAACUCGCAAACGAGGUCCCUCCCGCCGCGCCCGACGCCAGACCCUCUUCCUCGUCAUCAUCCUCGUCCCGAGAGAAGCCCAGAGAGUCGAGCUCCAAGUCAGAAAAGAAAGAGGACAAACCUCCCGAUCGCCCAUCGCCAUGGGAAGAUCUGCGCGCUCAUCCUUCGGCGUUCUUGACGACGAGACUGAACAGGGCGGCGAUGUGGCCGUUCCCGAUGGGCAAGGCGGGGAAGACUGGGCCGGAGUUGUGGUGGGAGAGCGGAACGCCUAGUCAUGUGGGCCACUUCAACAAGCCAGAGGUACCGCCUGAGCCGAAAGAGGAAAAGUCAAAGUCCGGUGAGAAGAACAAGGACGGGGACGGAGAUAAAGAGAAGGCCAGGGCCAAGGAGAAGGAGAAGCUCAAGGAGGCAGAAAAAGCCAAAGAAGCUGAAAAGUUGAAGAUGGCCGAGAAGGAGGCGGCGGCCAAAAAGCAAAAGAUGAUGGAUGCCAAGAAGGCCGAGGGUGGGUCCUCUACUGGGAAGGCUGACGUGGCCGGAAAGACGACCGGCAAGGAGGCAGAGGAGAGGCAAAAACAGAAACUGUGGCGAACGAAAGCGCUGAUGAUGAUUGUCGGGAUCAGCUUGCUCAGCAAGUCCCUCGGCUUCCUAUUACUACUCUUCUUCAGCCUUCAGAUGAUAUCGCAGGAACUGAACGGACCGGCCUCGAACUCCGCAGCACCGUCAACGUCGUUGUCCUCAAGUGGCGGUUCAUCUUCUCGUCCAUCCGAUCCCGACAAGGAUGCCGAAAAGGCCAAGCUGGCAAAGAUGCAAGCUAUGAAGGAGGCUGAGAAGGCCAAGGCUUCGGCAUCGGAGUCGGGCUCUUCACGCUCCGGCUCAGGCGACCGGGAGAAGGAAAAGGAGAAGGCAAAGAUGCUGGCUGCUAAAGAGGCUGAGAAGGCCAAAGCGGCGGGGAAGCCUUCCUCUUCGUCUUCCUCGUCGUCCAGGGAGAAGUCGUCGAGCUCGAGUAGCAGCUCCAGUAGCUCGAAGGAGAAGGAUCUGGUGACGAGCGAUGCGGUCCGAGAGGCCGCUGGGAGCAAGACCAAGACGCCAACGGAUGGAAGUGGGGAUGCGCCGACGCCUUACUCUCUUGGCAUGGGGAUGAACUACAUACACACCAGAGGCGCAGAUGGGAACUUGGACGGGUCGGGCGCAGCGUUUAUACCGAGCGAAGGGAUCUCUCACCCGCUCAUGACGAGCAUGAUGCGAGGCUGGGCCGGCUAUUGUGAUAUGUAG